AUGUGCCUUCUGCCUGCGCCGGACCUUUUCUUUACCCACUCUACCCUUUCUCACCAGAGACCCACCGCGUCCAAAUCCGAUUCACUAACGGACGUUUUCUAUAGCCGCGGUCCCUUGAAUGGAUCAGGAUACAAAGUUGCUUCGGAAGACGACACCGCAGAUGAGGGUGGUCUCAGCCCUCCCCCUUCAAGCUCUGUCUCAAGUGUCAACCCUGACGUACUGAACGACGAGAUCGUCGUUGGUACGCGUCAAGCCACUGCCACCAAUGGUGACAAGUCAUCUCCACUCCGAGUGACGUCUCCCAAGGAGGACGUGGAAAUGGCCGGGGUCGACGAUGACGCGCCUAUUUCCCAUUACCCCAAGCGCAAACGUGCUUCAAUGUACGAACAUCUCGGCGAAGACAAGCUCGAGGGAAGUUUGCUUCCAGGUGCCGAAGAUGCUGAUGCAAACAGCCGCCAAACCCCCAAGCCUCGCCCCGGAGCCAACCAAGCAAAAGGCGUGCUACUAGGCUACUGGAGAGAUUCUCCCGUGCCCAAGGAGGCCGGCAAACACGCAGUUAUCGGCUUCCCAGAUGUGCGCGACCGCCUUCGAACGCGCAUUCAGAACUACAACCGGAAUGGCGAAGCUAUUAACACUCGUCUGUUCCCUAUUCCUCCUGGUCCCGGUGGCAGCUGGGUCACUUUUGAGCGCGUCGUCUUUGCUGAUCACCUCGUCGGUCUUGACCACAAUGAAGUCAAGGAGUACGUGAAACUGCGCCUUGUUGCUCUUAAGGAUGAGAACGAAUUCACGUCCGAUGAAGACAGACACAAAGCCGAGCUGGCCGCUGCCCAAGAGGCAAAGCGCUAUCUCCAGGAACACCCUCCUCCGGAGACUGCUCAGCCACCGGCAAUCGCGUAUGGCAGGGACAUCCCAGAGAACCCUCAGCACGGGUACCGCCCUGAUGCCAAGCGCAGGCGUACCGGUAGUGCUACAGGCACUAUCGGCUCCAAUGCUCAACCUCAUGUGCCUUCCCAGACCUCUACGCCUACUCCCACACCUCAGCCGCAGCCUCUACCCUCGCAGCAACCGCCAGAGAUGAUGCAAGAUCAUCAGCCUGCAUUCCAAGAUGCUCAGCAUCCUCCCCCGGCCCCCGCGGCUGCCAUCAUGCAACAGCAGCAGCCUCCUGUCCAGCCUGCUCAACCGAUCAUGCAGCAGCAACCUGUCGACCCCAUGUACGUUGGCAACCUUCCUGGACAGCGUCCUACAAGGAUCCUUGUUGGUUGCUGGAGCCGAAGCAGCGCCCCCAACGAUAGUGAGAAGCAUGCUGUUUAUGGCAUCCUUGGCGCCAACGACAUGUUCCGGGUCAAGCUGGUCCGUGAGACCAUGGAUGGUCGCUUCGUGGACGGCAACUUCCCCACUGGUGCUGGCGCUCUCUGGAUAGCAUAUGAGGAGGUUAACUUCUUGCCGCAUAUCCGCGACCUCAACCGAGGUGAGAUGAAGGAGUAUGUUCGUGUUCGCCAGUAUCAGAUUGACUCUGGCGAGAGAGAAGACGAGCGCGUGGCCAACGAGACCAAGGCUGUCUACGAAGCCCAGCGACGAGCAGCCUUGAACCCGAAGGCUACGCCUGGCCCUCCCCAGCAAGCUGCCCGCCACAAUCUCAACAGCUAUGGAGGCGAUGAGUCGAUGCAGAGCCCGAAGCCUGAGCCCGGUGUGCAGGACAUGAGGCAAGGUCGCCGCGAGAUGAUCCCUGAUAUCCGAGGCCCACGUGCCCUGUCCGAGGCUGAGUAUCGCCAAGCCAGUCGUCAUGGUAGUGUAGAUCCUCUUGAGCGUACCAACAGCCUCGCCCGACGCGAGGUGCACAAGAUGGAAGCUGCCCAGAUGCGUCAAGAUCGACACAACCCCCAGCGCCAGGGAAUGAACAGCGCACCCAUGCCUGCACCAGGUCCCGUCCCUUCGGACAGCCGUGUCAUGUUCCAGGACAACAUCGGCCGGCUCAACAAGGUCUGGACCGCACAAGAGGCACACCGGCUCCAGGGCCAGCAGCAGCAGCAGCAGCAGCAGAUGAUGCAGAUGCCGCCUCAGCCCCAGCCCCAACAGCCUCAAGCCCAGGCCAUGAUCCCCGGCCCUAACAUGGACGAGGUCAGGACUGUGGACAACCGGACUUACACGCGCAAGCAGAACGGACCGUUUGCGGGCAAGCUGGUCAGCCGAGGAGAGAUCAUCACCAUCGAUGGCGAGGACUACGUGGAGUACCGGGUCCUCACCAAGCCGUCGUUUUUCUAA